UAUCUUCUUUAUUAUAUACCUAAUAUACAUUUUUUACAGUUAUGAACAAUGUUUUUAUUCUGCCUUUUACUUUUAAAUGUGUUCGACUAAGUGUCAAGGAUAUAUCAAUACGUUGCUCAUCAUCAAAACAUAAAUUGUCCACGUUAUAUGAUAUUUUAAACUUGAAACCAGGAUGUACCAAAAAAGAAAUACGCAAUUCAUUUAUCAAGCUAUCCAAACUGAAUCAUCCAGACGUUUGUGGUCCUUCUGCUAAUGAUAGAUUUAUACGUAUCAAUGAAGCGUAUACUAUACUGAUGGAUGAUGACAAAAAAAACUCAUAUGAUGAAACAUUGAGACAUAAUAAUAAUAUUCAACCUGUAUACUAUAAUUACCCAAGACAACAAGAAAGGAAUUGGAAGGAUGAUUAUAAUCAUCCAAAUAACCAUUGGUUGGCAUCAAAUAUUACCAUUGCAGGCUUUUGUGUAGCAAUAUUAUUAAUUGGAUCAACUAUACGGUAUUAUGGAGUAAAAAAAUCUUCUUUAAUACGAAGUAUGUUAGUAGAAGAAUCUGAUGAAAAUUUGUCAUUCUUAGAAGAACAAAAAUUAAUGAAAGUAGAUAAAACAAACGAUGAGCUUAUUAAAAUGUUUGAAGCAAAUAUUGCAAAAGAAUAUGGUCAAAUUAUAAAGAAGUGAAAAGUUAAAUGCUGUUUCUGUUUAUUAUUAGUUGAAAGAUUAUUAUUGUUAACAUUUAUAUAUUUUAAUUAAAUUUGUUAACCACGUUUUUUUAAAA